UUAUUCUGUAUUAGUUUAUUUGAAUGCUACCUACUAGGGUAAAAGUGUUGGUUCCACUGUUAUUCUUUGGCGCAGCUUUCGCUGGAAAACGUGUGUACGAUAAGAGAAGAAAGAAAGAAAAGUGGCCCUUACACGAAAGGCUAGAAGACAGUUUCAAGAGAAUAGAGGAUUUACCCGAAAUAUUAGCUCUUAGGUCGAACAUUUUGUCUCCAGUAUCCGAUAAGGUACAUCGCUUGGAACUUGCAAAGCGGUAUUGGCAACUCGUUUCAGUAGACGCUGAGAACAAUAAUAGUGUUGACUUGGUCACUAUUAAGAAAAUGCGACAAGGAAAACUAGAUGAUGUUCAAGUGUUCACAAGCGAGUGGCUUAAUGCAGUGAUAGGGCAGCAAGUGAGUAUAUACCUAACUUUUCUAGCUAGAGAACGUGUCGGUGAAUAUGAUACCCAGCAAUUAGCUUGUGAGGCACUUUCCACCAUACUGGCAAAAAGUGCUUUUUGUAAACCAGAGAAUCAAAAAAUAAGACAGAAACUAGGAGAAGCGUUUUCUUUAGAGCCUAUGUUGUUACCCGAACUUUGUUUGUUGCCCAAUUUGGACCCGCGCCUAUUAGAAGAGGCUUCCAAUGCUGUAUAUGAUGCAGAUGAAGAGAGAUUAGUGUAUGGUGUAAACGAUAAACGCAAUAUUAUUCUUGCACUAGGUGAGUUGUGGAUGACAACCAUUCAAAGGAAGGAAUCGGCUUCUAGCUCACAUUUGGGUUAUCCACCUAUCGAUGAUUACGGUUUUUCCAAUCCCACUUCUGAUUGGGAUCCGUUAACUGACCCAACCAUGACUUUAAAGAGCACGAGAGCUAUGCUACGAAGUAUGAAUGACGCAGUAGUGAAGGAUAAAACAGCCGCUUUUCGGAUUAUACUUUCUGGUGGAUUAAGCAUUUUGAAGGUUCUGGCAGAGACAGUAACAGAAGAAUGGUGGGAGCCUCAUUCCAAAGAUAACAUGAACUUGGUUCUUACUGAAGUUGCUAGACUUGUCGCCAACUUGGUUUCAUAUAGAGAAGGAACGAAAAUAGCCGUUCGUUUACAGUGGCCACAAACUUUGAUGGAUUGGCUAUACCAUGAUGAAUUUUGUAAAAGCAACGAUAUGUUACAGCUAGAAGUCUUACGUGCCAUUGCAAAUAUGCAGUCUGGGAGAAAAUGGAAAUAUCCUAAUGGCAUCUUUCUUAUUUAUCCUACAACACGUAUGAGAUGGGAACCACAACUAGACAUCGUAUUAGUACAUGGCUUGUUGGGAGGUCCUUUGAGAACAUGGCGAGUUGCGCAUGCACCAAAUAAUAAUAAUAAUAAUAAUAAUAAUGCCGUAGUGGAACAAGAAUAUUAUGUCUCCGAUGAUGAACAUUCCAAUACAGCUGCUUUUUCAGAGCAGGAUUAUCAUGAAAAAGAAGAGCAUGAAAAGCUCAUGGUAUGGCCCAGAGAUUGGCUAUCAAAGGACAUUCCGAACAUUAGGAUAUUAAGUGUAAGCUAUGAUACUUCCAUCAGUGCUUGGAGGAGCUAUGGUUUGCCUCUCAAACAUCAGGCUGCGGAUCUUUUGGAGAAGCUUUGUGAUGCCGGUAUUGGCUCUAGACCAUGCGUAAUAAUUACCCAUUCUUAUGGAGGCUUGGUAAUGAAACAAGCCAUUGUAGAUGCCGUUCAUAGUAUGAAUGAUAAAUAUCUUUGCCUGGUUGAUUCCAUUCGAGGGCUAGUUUUUUUCUCGACGCCUCAUUUAGGUUCACCCAUCGUUGGAUAUUUAAAACGUGCUAUUGUUGGUAGUACUUUUCGUCCAUCAGUAGCUGUUAAUGAAUUAUAUCCAGGUUCUACUAUGUUGUUGGAACUGAAUGAACAGUUUAAAAGAGUUGUUCACAGUCGCUGGUACGAUUAUUCGGAAAGUAACCGGUCCCUCCAUACACGGUAUUUAGAAGUUUUGAGUAUGGGAGAGACAAAUCCUACGAAAUUAACCCAAUGGAGUAGUCAAUAUAUUACGAGUCUUCUGGUACCGAUGGAAACGGCCAAUCCAGGAAUUGGACGUUUCAUUCCAGUAAAAAUGGCAGACCAUUUGACAGUAUGUAAGCCUAGUUCAGUCGAUGAUUUACGUUAUCAAGAAGUGCUCAAGUUAGUACGGCGUGCAAUGAAAGAUUCGAGUCAUGUAAAUAGUUGUGAUGAAUAGUGGAUAUCCAUUUGAGUGGAUAAACACAACUGAAUUGAA